AUAUAAUUUAGGUUGUUAUGGCAAUGUGGAAAACAAAACGUUUGAUCGAUAACAAAUUUGCAAAGAAAAAUGUCGUUGGCUGUUGAAAAACCUCGGGGAAUUUGCGAGAAAGAUGUCGAUCUUAAAGGACCCAGGAUGAGUAAAGAAUUUAUAUUGAAGCACUGCAAAGAACAAAGACUGUACACUGUUCCCCGGCUGAAUGACGUUUUGUAUUUGCACUUCAAAGGAUUCUCGAGAAUCGAAAACUUGGAUGAGUAUACGGGCUUGAAGUGUCUGUGGUUGGAGAACAACGGCAUCCUCAAAAUAAGUGGGCUUGAUCAUCAGCAAGAAUUGCGCAGUCUGUUUCUGCAUUACAAUCUGAUUAAAAGGAUCGAAAACUUGGAGAAUCUCCCAUUGCUUGAUACGAUCAAUUUGUCUCACAACCAAGUUAGGAAGAUUGAAAACUUGU